AUGGGUACUGGUUGGAGACGAGCCUUCUGCACUACAGUCCCUCGAGAUCCAGCAGAUCAAACCAGAGUAUCAGAGAAGCAGCAGAGAAGCCCAAGCCCAAGUCCCAGAAGCUGUACGAGGCUUGGUUUCUUCUCCAGUGGCAGCAGCAACCCUUCAACUCCUAGAUUGCAAUCUCAGCCGGUCAUCUCAACCCAGAGCUCCAUUGAUGACCAUGAAAGCCCCAGGCUGCUUGAAUGCAAAACCAGUAGUAGCACUCCCAAGAGUACAAGAACUUCCUUUCUCUCCAGCUCAAACCCAACUUCUCCCCGAUCCCCUCUCAAGCUCUCCCUCUUCAGAAACAGCUUCAAAUUUCGAAGCAACUGUGGGAUUUGCUUGAACAGCGUGAAGACAGGGCAGGGCACAGCCAUAUACACAGCAGAGUGUGGUCACGCCUUCCAUUUCCCUUGCAUAGCUGCUCAUGUGCGCAGCCAUGACAGCCUCGUCUGCCCAGUCUGCAACUGCACCUGGAAAGACGUCCCUCUCCUCGCUAUCCACAAAAACCUCAACCAAUCCCGAAACGACGUCGUGGAGCCCACCAAACCCAAGCCCAGGGAAGUGGAGAAGAAGAUAAUAGUGGAGGCCUCCUCACCCAGAGCCUCAUCGAAGCCAUUGUACGACGACGACGAGUCUCUUUUCUCUCCCACAUCUCGGAUCAUCCCUAUACCAGAAGCCGACGAUGAAGACGAAGACGAAGACGCCACAGACCCAUUCCCCGAAAACGACGACGUCGAGGAGUUCCAGGGCUUUUUCGUCAAUCCGAACCCUUCAUCUUCCGACGCGCAAAUCAACGGCCGAGAUAUCAGAACCAAUAAUGUCCAGGUCAGGAUAUUACCCGAGUCCGCUUUACUCUCGUCGGGUCGGGGCUUCGACACCUACGUCGUGGCGUUGCGGGUCAAGGCUCCUCCGCCCCCAGUUUUUAACACUUCGCGUCGUGUUUCGAUCGAUUUGGUGACGGUGCUCGACGUCAGCGGAAGCAUGACCGGCGCGAAGCUCCAGAUGCUGAAACGCGCCAUGCGUUUGGUCAUUUCGUCGCUCGGCUCCAACGACCGGCUUUCGAUUGUCGCAUUCUCAGCUACCACGAAGCGGCUGCUGCCGUUGAAGAGAAUGACGGCUCACGGUCAACGUUCGGCCAGGAGAAUCGUUGACCGGCUUGUGUGCGGUCAGGGGACAAGUGUUGGCGAUGCAUUGAGGAAGGCGACUAAAGUGCUUGAAGAUCGGAGGGACAGAAAUCCGGUUGCCAGUAUCAUGCUCUUAUCGGACGGUCAGGAUGAGAGGGUGAAAAAUUCAGCCCAUCAACGUCAGGGAUCCGGCCACGUGUCGGCUACCCGAUUCGCUCAUAUUGAGAUACCGGUUCAUGCUUUUGGCUUCGGUGAAACCGGCGGCUACAGCCAGGAGCCGGCUGAGGACGCGUUUGCCAAAUGCGUUGGGGGAAUUUUGAGUGUGGUUGUGCAAGACUUGAGAAUUCAGCUCGGCUUCGAUUCCGGCUCGGCUCCAGCUGAGAUUGCAGCCAUCUAUUCGUGCAAUGGAGGGCCUGCUGUGCACGGUUCAGCUUCCGUGCGGCUCGGCGACUUGUAUGCCGAGGAAGAGAGGGAGCUGCUCGUUGAGCUGCGUGUUCCCCGAGCCUUGGCUCGCGGGAGCCACCAUGUUAUGUCAGUCCGUUGCCUUUAUAAAGACCCGGCUACUCAGGAGAUUGUGUAUGGGAGAGAGCAGGCGCUGUUAGUACCUCUCGCUGAUGCCGUUCGAUCAGCUUCCGGUCCAAAGAUCGAACGAUUAAGAGGUCUUUUUAUAACCACACGUGCCGUAGCCGAGUCACGGAGAUUGGUUGAGCAUAACGACUACUCUAGCGCGCAUCAUUUGCUUGCAUCGGCUCGGGCUUUGCUCCUCAAGUCUAAGUCUGCAUCGGCUGAGGAGCACGUACGCGGCUUGGAAGCUGAGCUGGCGGAGCUGCAUUGGAGGAGACAGCAUAAGAUCAUGGAGGAGCAGCAGCAGAUGCUGAUGAUGAUCCAACGGCGGAGAGGUGGCGGCAGCAGCGAGAGGGAGAUAGCCGUGGACGAAAACGGGGAGCCGCUUACGCCGACAUCAGCGUGGAGAGCGGCUGAGAAGCUGGCUAAAGUGGCUAUGAUGAAGAAGUCGUUGAAUAGAGUCAGCGACUUGCACGGCUUUGAAAAUGCUAGGGACAAGGUGGUAGUAGACGGGCGCGACCCUCAUUGA